CGGAAGUGGCCGGUGUCUUCCUGCUCGAAGGGCGCGAGGGGGGGCCGGUUGCCAUGGCCACCCCCGCCCCGGAGGAGCCCCUGGAGGCUCAGCUGCCACCCGCCAAGCACGAUCCUGCUGUUGAAACAGCAGAAGAAGCUACAGAACCAGCAGAGGAAGAUAUCAAUGAACUUUGUAAGGAUAUGUUCCAAAAAAUGGCCAUUUACCUAACAGGCGAAUUGACAGCCACUAGUGAAGACUAUAAACUCUUGGAAAAUAUGAACAAGCUGACGAGUUUGAAGUACCUGGAAAUGAAAGAUAUUGCUAUAAAUAUAAGUCGAAACCUGAAAGACUUGAAUCAAAAAUAUGCUGGACUUCAGCCAUAUCUGGAACAAAUCAGUCUAAUUGAAGAGCAGGUGGCAUCUUUGGAACAGGCGGCCUACAAACUGGAUGCUUAUUCAAAGAAACUUGAAGCGAAGUACAAAAAACUGGAGAAACGAUGAAAGGAGGAUAUUGUGUAAUAAAACUUUUCUUCUAGAUCACGUGAUAUUUCUCGUAAGAAAUUCGAUCACAUCACUGACUUGAUGAAUUUUACAAAAUUUGUGCUUCAAAAAUACUUUUGACUAGAGUUGUGUGGGACUUCUUAAAAGUAGCUGUGGCUGCCCUUGACUAAGGCUAAAAUCUUUAUCUUUUAGAAUCUGUUCCUUUUCAUUCUUUUUGUUACUCCUUUUACAGAAAACGUAACCAGAAGCCACUGUUAACUGUUUCAGCAGUCUGCCACAAUAACUUUUUCCAUAAUAGAUCUGCACCUGCUUUCCUAUUGGGCAAGAGCAUGGUCAUUUUUGUGCUCAGUAAAGCCUUGAUUUGUAAAUAUGGAAGCUCCCAGUGUAGCAUGAUUGUCUCUAAAAUGGUAUGGAAAUUGCUCUAAAGCAUCUUCGCCAUCAUGCUUUUCUGAGAAAUAAAAACCUUGAAAUUAA